AGAAGCUGAUCAUCACACAUUCCUCAGACUUUGUAAAUCACUUUAUCCAGCUUUGAACAGCGCAUUGACCAAGAGGAAGACCUGUUGAAGAAUUCACUGCAACACCGUUUCUGACAUGCACUUUGAUAAAUCGCCAAAGGAGAAGCCGUGUUGCACUCUGCCCACAGUGAAGAAGCUCUUGGAGCAGAAGAGAAGGCGUGAGACGUCCUCUGUGUCGGCCUCCUGCUCUACAGCCAGCACAAGUCCUGCUCCUCAGACUGCUGCUACACAAUCGUCUUCAUCUGAACUAUUUCUCGGUGCAGGUGCAUCAAGCAGCUACUCAGACAUGGCGGUGAGCUUUGAGCAGUGGACUCCAACCCCAGAGUCUACACUGAGCUACUACAGCAGCCUUCCAGGAUCAAACUUUACCCCAGCCUAUAGCCACCCAAUGACAUCUGAAUACACACAGCAGGUCAUGGAAUUUGGAGACACAAUGCCUCAGACAUAUGAGCCGAUGCCAGUCACGGAUCCCAAUUUGGAUUCUUCCUGGUCCCUUCUGGUUCCCAGUCAGAACGCACAGCUAAGUUUUAGACCUCCGAUGGAUGCGUCCAAACUGCAGCAGGCCCGGUUGCUGCUGAAUGGGAUGGACUAUAGCCGAGCCAUCAGGCAGGAUGAAGACGGAGACACCAUCCUGCACAUCUACACAGCCAAGGGGCUCAGAGAGUGUGCCUAUGCCGCAGCAGAGAGGCUCAGGGAUGUCAACAAGCUGGAUGCCAAAGAACACAAGGGAAAGACUGCUUUACUUGUGGCUGUGACGGCAAACCAGCCAGAGAUUGUGCAAGAUCUGCUGUUGUUAGGAGCGGAUAUCAACGCCUGUGAUGUUAAAGGACAGACUGCACUCCAUUUGGCCGCCCACUAUGGCUUACCGGUGGUUCUGCAGGAAAUUCUGUCUAGCAGGCCGGAUGUCAACCUGGAGGCCCGCAAUUUUGAAGGUAUGACUCCUCUGCACUGUGCAGCCAUUUCUCACAGCGUCACCAUGAAGGCUCUGUCCAGCAGCACGCAGGCAGAUGUGAAUCUUCAAAACAAGGCCGCAGAGAAGCUCUCCUGUGUGCAGAUGCUCCUUAGAACGGGGGCAUCCCUGCUCAGCCAGGAAAUCAAAAGCAACAAGACCUUGCUUCACUUGGCUGUGAAGGAGGGGAACAUUGAUCUGGUGCAUUAUCUGCUGAGGAUUCCCCUGCAGAACAUGAAAGACUUUGUCAAUUUGAAAGCUCAUGGUCACACAGCUUUACACAUGGCAGCCGGUCUCCAUGGUAACCCCCACCAGGAGGAGAUCCUGCGGCUGCUGCUGAGCCGAGGAGCCGAUCCCAGCAUCCGCAACCUGGAGAAUGACCAGCCGGCUCACCUGCUGCAGAGCGGCCCCCAGGGAGAUCAGCUCAAGCUCAUGCUGAAGAAACGAAGUGCUUCCUCCCGUCGACGUAACGUGUCCUUACAGGACCAGGAAUGAUUUAAAACCAUAUGUAAUCCCCAUUUAGAGGGAAUGAUGUUUCCUCUGUUGAGAAGGGGAGUGAAACUAUUGUUAUUUUGUUUUGGGAGUCUGUGGCUUUCAUAUUCUUUUCAAUGUAGCUGAUUAAUCAGUGGUUAGAAUUCACAUUGGAUUACACAAAUGAUGCUUUAGUGCAUACAGUUUAAAAUGUAUUAGGUAACUUUGAAAUCACUUAUUUAUUUCAUUGUAUUUACAUAUAGAUGAAGAAAUUCACAUUUUCCUCCAUUCAUUGUUCUCACACCAUUUGAUUCUUUUUUUUUUAUAGACAUACUCAUUCAUGUAUUUAUUUCUUUAUUGUAAUUGUUUUUUUUAACAUCAUUGUUAUCAAUGUCUAUUAAAUUCCUAGAUGAAAAAAAAUAGAAGGUAAAGACAGUGCUGUGAAAGGUGGAGUAAUGUUGACUUUCCCAGUAAGCUAUAUACACUCCCAUUAUAAAGUAGAUUUCUGUGAAAUCGUUUGUUUGACCUUCAGGACCAUGUCUCUGAAAGUCCUCUGACUCUCUCCUGAAAACCCCCCAUCAUGAUCAGUGAUCAUAUUGAUUCACUGCAUGAUGCUUUUGAUUUCAGUCAGCAUGUAUGCCCAUGGUAAGAAUAAUAUAUUAUUAUUCAUGUCUGUCUUUUGCAUCAAGCUUAUUAGUGUAACACAGGGUACAUUUAUUUUCUUUGUGAAAAAACAACUAUUGUGUUAAAAGGCUGUGUAUGUGAACCUGAUGUGACAAAGAAAGUGCUUUUAUCAGAGACAUCAUAUGAGUGGGUGUGGUGACAGUUUGUGUGACUGUACAUUGUAAACUGUAAACAUGACUCAUGACUAAAAGUACAAUAACACUGUCUUUGAAAUUCCAUCAGCUUGUUUUGAUGUUGUCUACAGAAAUUAGCAGAAUAUGGUGGUGGUGGUGG